AUGGCCCUUCUGUUCAACUACAACAAUGGUUUUGUAUAUGCAGCGACAAACGUUGGCUUGAACUACGGCCUCCUCGGAGACAAUCUCCCGCCUCCCUUGGAAGUUAUCAAACUCUACAAGUCCUUAAACAUCACCAAUGUUCGCAUCUUCGACACGAACACGGACGUCUUGAACGCCUUCCGAGGUAACCGCGAUAUUGGAGUCAUCGUAGGCGUUAAAAACCAAGAAUUGGCUGAUCUUGCGGUCAGCGAAGACGUUGUUAACACCUGGUUCAUGACCAACAUUGAGCCGUACUUAUCUGACGUCAACAUCACGUACAUUACUGUCGGAAACGAAGUCAUCCCCGGAGAUAUCGGUCCUCACGUGUUAUCCGUCAUGCAAUCUCUCACCAACGUCGUCAAGUCAAGGAGUCUCCCUAUCUUGAUCAGCACCACGGUGGCUAUGACCAAUCUUGGCCAGUCUUAUCCACCUUCCGAAGGAACAUUCACGCCAGAAGCGCGUGAACAACUCGUUCCCGUGCUUAAAUACUUAUCUCAAACAAGAACGCCUAUCCUUGUCAACAUCUACCCUUACUUUGCCUACGCAUCUGAUCCUAUCAACAUUCUUCUUGACUAUGCCAUCUUUAACACCAACAGAACCGUGGUCCAAGACGGGCCACUAAGUUAUUCAAACAUGUUCGAUGUUAUAUUUGAUGCGUUUGUGUGGGCAAUGGAGAAAGAAGGUGUGAAAGAUUUACAAAUGGUGGUAUCGGAGACUGGUUGGCCGUCUGCUGGUAAUGGGAACAUAACAACCCCCGAAAUCGCGUCUAUUUACAACGGAAAUUUUGUCAAACAUGUGGACAGCGGUAAAGGGACGCCCAAGAGGCCAAAGAGUAGCAUUCAUGGGUUUCUAUUUGCGACGUUCAAUGAGAAUCAGAAGCCAGCAGGAACCGAACAGAACUUUGGCUUGUACUAUCCUACGGAUGUGAAGCCCAUCUAUAAGUUUUUUUGA